GGAGGAGGGAGGCAGAGGGGGCCCAGCCCUGCCUGGGCCGUCCCUCGGAAGGGGGUAAUGGAAGCGGGGCCAGGGCAGAGAGGCGGCGGCCGUGCCCACAGGGGCGUCUCCGGGCCCUCCUGGCGGGGAAGGAGGCGGAGGAGGGGGUGCUUCCCGUCAUCAUUCUCCCCGCCCCCUCCUCCCCUCUCCCCCGGCCGGAAGCCAACACCUGGGGCCCAGAGACCCACCGCCUCCUGCCACACAUCCGCCGGCCUGCCCCUAUACCAACACCGCCCUUGACCCCGCCGUCAACUCCCACCAGGCUUUUCAGGUAAGUACACAUGCACAGCACCCCCUGCUCUUCCCCUCCCCUAUACAGCCAUGGCAAACCUCUUUCUUUGCUUCUGCUUUCAAUCAGGCUGUUCUAGUUUCCAUGCGCCGGCAGCCUCCCGAGUCAACUGGGUUAAACUCCACGGCUCCGGCAGCAAGCUUGCAAGUCUGUUUCUUGGUAAACCUCCAAUGACUUCUGUCAGACACUGAGGAUUGGGCCCAUAACCAUAUUGUCAGAGUGAGACACCUGGGUCAUGCACAGAGUACUUGAGGUUUCCAGAUCAAUUAACACAUUGAUAAACAUACAUAUAAUAUUUGCAAUUAUCCUGACAGAACCCCAUGCAGAAGCAGGGCCCCCUCCAACCCCUCCUUCUCCCCAGAAGUGGAGCCAGGCCAGGGAGGCGGUGGCCGUGCCCGCAGGCGGCACUCCGGGCCCUCCUGUUGGGGAGGCGGAGGAGGGGGUGCUGCCAGUAAUCCCCCUCCCUGCCCCCUCCUCCCCGCCCAGCAGCCAACAUCUAGGGCCCGGAGACCCGCCCCUACCUCCCAGACAUCUGCCGGCCCGCCGCCUCUCCAACACUGCCCUGGAUGCAAGCCAGGAUUCAUUCUCGGCUUUUCAGAUGAACCAGAGGGAUCGUCAUCGCCCUCCUCCUCCUGAAGAGAACAUCCUGAGGGGCUCCUUCUCUGCCAGAGGGGUCGUCAUCGUCGCCUCCUUCUCCUCCUGA